CGGCGGACAUCAUCCUGUGGAGGCGGAAGGAGGUGUCGGCGUCGAUCCUCGGCGCGGCGACGGCAGCGUGGGGCCUGUUCGAGGUGGCGGAGUACCACUUUCUCACGCUCGUGUGCUACGCGGCCAUGAUCGCCAUGGUCACCUUCUUCCUGUGGACCAACGCAUCCGCGUUCCUCAACUUGCCUGUCCCAAGGAUCCCGGAGAUGGUCCUGUCAGAGAGAACCACGAGGCAGGUGAUCCUGGGCCUGCACAUGAGGCUCAACUGGUUCGUGCACAAGCUCUACAACAUCGCUUGCGGACAGGACCUGAAGAUGUUCAUCCUGACGGCGGUGUCUCUGUACAUCGGGUCAGUGUUCGCGAGCUGCUUCAGCUCCCUCACCCUGCUCUACAUCGUUGUGUUCUGCACCAUGACGGUGCCGGCGCUGUACGAGCGGUACGAGCACGAGGUGGAUCACCUGGUGGCGAAGGGCGCACACGAUUUCCGGACCCAAGUCUCCCGGAUGGACUCUGGCGUGCUCAGGAAGAUCCCCAGAGGCAAAGGGGCUACCGCUGCACAAAGGACGGCGACGACGAACGAUAUCAACGGAUGGCACCGGUCGCAGGCUAGCUAAACCAAUUAAGCCAAAGACUCACCUGGUGAAUAAGUAAUCUAGCAAAGCUGUACAUGACUACAUGGCUUGAGCUGCAGAUGCACAUACAUGUAGGUUCAGAAUAAGACCUCGACCACCACACGCUGCACAUGGAUCAUGGAUGGAUGUCAUCGAACCACA